AGUUAAUCUUUAGCGUCAGCAGACAGGAAGUUUUAAUCAGUGAAGUAGAAACCUAUCGAGUUUAGAGACGCAGUCAUAAUGGCUUUAAAUGCGACAAAUGAGGAUGACUGUUUGAAGGCUCUCAACCAGCUAAGACAAUUUCAUUUUGGAUGUCUUGCUCCUGCAUUGGUUAUUAUUUUAGUUUUUUCAUUCCUGAAGCGACGCACCAAGCUUAAAUUGGAGCUAUGGGAUGGGCGCCCUGGACUAUUGAUACCGAUGAAUUUUCUUGGUGGUCUCAGUAACAGGUGGACUAUUGCUGUUACGUUUGGAGCCACAGGUAGCACUCUUAUAACCAUGGCAUUGGGUGGAAGCGGCAGUAUCUCGAUUGUCCCAUCUGAAUCUCCCUGGAUAAAAAUUAUUGACGUUUUGUUGGCCGUCCUCCUUUGUACAAUACUAUUCUAUCCAUAUUUUGUCUGCCUCACAACUGAAUACAAGUUCGUUGGUUCUAUCCUUGGCUUUCUUUAUGGUGUGUUGAGGUUUUCUUUCCAACUUGCUACACAGAUACGUUGCCACGUUGCGUAUAAGAAAACAGGAUCCUAUGGAAUAAUGUUUCUUAUUUAUAACCUGCCUACAACACUGUGCCUUAUCUUUAUAACAGCGCGAUUUGCUUUCCUUAUUGUUCGACGAGUUAGACAGAUGUGGUCUGUAUCUUCUACAGAGUCAGCUGGAAAGGACUCCUGCUCCCGCUCACUGGCUCAUGAUGCUGACGUUGUUCACGUGAAGUUCAUUUUAGGCCAAAAACUUCUAAUAUACCCGGACAAGACAGAGUGGUAUUGGAAGGUCUUCUACUUUUUUUAUACACCAAGACAAGAUUUCAAGUUCUCCACUCAGUUGAUAUCAACAGUGUUUCUCGUCGGGAUAGUUAUCUUUGAAGUGUUAGUGUUUUCGCUGACGAGGUUUGAAGAUGUUAUGGGCACUUUUAGGAGUUUCGGUUGGAGUUUUCCUACUCUGAGGGGUUGUCUUUACGGAUCGUACAUUUUCGCAGCUCUGAUUUAUGUCAUAACAACACUUCAUUUCAUGAAGUGCCACAGGGACCACAUGCUCCAGCUUUACCGUGGAGAUAGAGGCCUAAUGCAAAAUGUUUGCCUCUCACCGGCCUCUUUUGUGGGGAGAAGUUUGAGUUAUACUGGAUACCAAAUCGCCUAUUCCGUGAUCGGUUUUGUUGUGUUGUCAUAUUUGGGCUUCCUUCUUUCUCUCAUUCUAAGCUUACCAAUUCAUUACAAGAUAAUACGCGAUUCGAUUUUAUCAAUUGCAAAGGGACUUGUACCAUCGAUAGUGCUGGCUGUCAUAUUACGAGUGUUCCAGCGCGUGUUCCUAUCUCGAUAUGUCUUUCGUGACAGAGAAUACCCAAAUUUCUCAGUCGUGAUUGACAACAGACGACUGUUCUCUAUCAUGUCGUAUGCGUUCGUGUUCCUCAACACCAUUGUUGGAGUCCUGUCAGGUCUUCUUCGCAUAGCUAAAGCUAUGAUUCUCGGGCUUUUCUUCUUCUCGCGUCUCGACCGAACUGUUUUAAUGCCAGGAUUUCAGAGAUGGGACAAAGGUUUUGUUGCGUAUCUUGGAUUUCUUCAUGUGUUGGUAGCCCACAGACACCCUGUUGUGUUAAUGUUCUGCCAAUUGCUCAUUGAAAGCAACAAGGCGACAACUUCGGAGGAGAAGCGGCAUUCCAGCAUUUCUGUGCAGCCAAACAACGCUGAGGAGCCAAAGCAAGUCACUGGAUUCAAACGCGAAAUCCGCCACCCACGCCUGGCACAGAGGGUAGUCAAUCGCUGGCUUCUGGCUGUAACUCUUCUCCGUAAUCCCACGCUAAUACAGUAUCGUCACCAUUCCUUUUCGGUACCUAUUGAACAAAGUGAGGUCGAUACGUCUUCAGUUGCAGUUUUAGUCGAUUCUAUGGUCUAAUAUUCACGUUUAGCUCAUAGCACAUAAAUAAUUUAAGGAUUAAAUGAGGGGCAUUGUAAUAGCUAAGUGCUGUAAGGUAUAUAGCUGUUUCGAGAAAGUUUAUCAGAAAAAAAGUGGACAAAACUGCACGCGACCGUCGCUCGUAAUAAGUGAAAGAAAAUAAAUUAGUAAAUCAAACUCUCUGCACCUCGUCCGUACACUGACGUUUCUCAGAUUUCCCUUGCAUCCUGAGUUCUAGGUGCCGUGACCUAAAAACUAUCCACAAUACCUUUAGUGGUUGCAUUGUCGUGUGCAUGUUUACGCUUUUUAUCCGACCACCUCUCUCGAAACAGCUGUAUA